UCUUGCCGAGAAGGUUGCGCGUACGUGUCUAUCGAGUAUUGAUUCGAUGUUCGUGAAUGUUCUGAAAUGUAUCAUUCUAGCGAUUAGUUAUAUAUUUCCCUUAAGUAGAAAUCGAAGUAUCGGCAACUGUUACUGCGGCCGCGCCUAUUACUACGGAAAUCCCUCCUGAUACUGCAGAGAGAGCUGAUAUUAUAGAAAGGCCGAAAAUAGACGAAAUCAGCGACGACAUAAAGCGACAUUUGGAAGCUAUGGAGGCAACGCAAAGCAAAGUCUUGAGCGACAUUACCGAACGUUUGGAUAAACUGGAGAAAGAAGUCGGUGGUCUGCUAACGAAAGUGGAUAGCGCACAAGCCGCGGCAAGGGCGGAUGACAUUAACGAGCUUGUCGCGAAAAUACAAGAGAUUCAAACGGAUAUGGAGAGACUCGGGCAGAUCGCGGAUAAACUGAUCGACGAUAAGGAAUGCCGGGAAACGCAUCUUAACACACUGCUGGAACAAAUAGAAAUUCUAAAGACUAUCAAAGCAGACAAAGAGGACCUCGAAGAUGCUCUGGCCGACAAAGCGGACGCUCAAGCUGUGAGCAAAAAAGUGUCACACGAUCGAUUUGAUGCCGCCUGUGACGAUCUCGCACGCGGCCUCAUGGAGACCGUCGACAAAUUGAACAAGCAGGAAUUGAUUUGGCAACAAGCGCUGGACAAGGUGCAGAAUGAGAUUGCGAGCAAGGUCGACAAAAUUGAGAUGACUCCGCUGAAGGAUUUGGUGAACACUCGACUGAAGUCGCUACAGGAGAAACUUAAGUGCAUGGCGGAGAUGAAACGCGAGAACGAAGCAGCUGGCACGAAGAAGAUGCUGAAAGACGUUCAAUGUAUAUCGUGCGACAAGGACGCCGUGAUGAAAACGGAAGAAGUCUGCGGAUUCCGUCUCGAACCGUUGCCUUCCACCAGCAGUAUGAGGCCCUACCUAACAUAUGAAUUGGACCAGGUUAGGAAGCAACAAAGGAAAUUGCCCCAUAGCAGAAAUAUGAUUCAAUUUGAGGCGGCGAUGCAAGAGAUUAAGAGACUGAAGACGCUGAAGGAAGAAACACCCGCAAAGACUCCCCGAGACCAUCUGUGCAAUCGAUACUGCGGCGGUAGUCACACGGUCACGACUCCUCAGCAACGAGUCCUGCGAACGGGACACUUCCUGACUCAGGGGGGACCAGAGGCGAUACAAUUAUCCGACGGUAUGAUUAGAGGCAAGGACGGUCAGAUGUAUCGCGGCCGGCCGAUGACGUGUAAGCAGGACAUCUGCGACUCGAGGUGUUGGGAAAGUCCGAUUAGUAGUCAGGUUUCUGAAGAACAUGUGCCACCCGUUCCAGCGGCGCCUUCUCGUAAAUCCCUUCCAGCUCGACGACGUAAUAGCGCCCCAUCUCGAAAGCGGGAAUCUAGAAAACUGUCGAAGGAACCGGAAAUAACGGAACAACCUCCGAUACAAGCGAUUGAAGAAGCAACGAAGGUGCAACGGGUGAUUCCGAAAGAAAGCAAUGAUUACCCGAUGAUCGUUCCGCCUGGGCCUCAGGAUGAAAUUAUUUACGAGACGAACAUGACGGCGAAUGAACACUGA